CCCCGCCUAUCCCACGGGUCAAUUCGGCGGAGUUCCCAUGGUGCUGCGGGUUCCUUAAUGUGGGGCAUCAAUAAAACUUUCAUUUGGGGGGUACUUAUGCAGCUGUCAUCGUCUCACAUUUAGGUCUUCAUGAAUCUCAUUGCUUCGAUACGAAUUCCAUCUAUUCUCUGCUUACGCAAUGAAUGGACAGAGCCACUCCCAUUUCCCUUUGAAUAGCAACAUUUGGGUCAAUGACACAGAGAACUGGCUAGGAGUGGCAGAUAGUCAUGAGCGGAGGAAGAUCCAAAACCGUCGUAAUCAGCGGGCAUUCCGGGCGAAGAAGCGGGUAGCAUCUCAGAACGCUAACAGCGAGGGGACCACCACUGCUAACAGGCAGCUUGUGCCAGCGCUAGGUGGCCAAAUAUGGCUUCCAGGCUCCAAGGUGCAAUUACAUGAGACCCAAGGAGUCGAUAUCACCGAAGCUACUAUACAAAUUAUCAAUCUCGUCAAAAUUCUCAAGCCUAACUGGGAGGGCAAUCGGUUGUUUAUGCAGCGUUUCGAGGAUUUUGCAACUCACAGCUAUACAGCCCGCAUCAUGACGCUCAGCAUUCCUCCAAGCCUGUCUCAAUUCAACUUUGUGAAAGCUAUGUUCGCAAACAUAGGGGUAUUAGGACUAUCUGAUGAGGAAAUGGAUGACGAAGCCCUGUCGCCGUUCAACAGACUCCUUGGCCCAUUCCCACUACAACCCGAUCUUACAAUGGCAAGAUUUUCACAUCUCCCCACCGGACUUCAGCCAACCGGCCUACAAAGCUCGGCUCCUCAUCAUCCAUGGAUUGAUCUUCUUCCUAUGCCAGAGAUGCGAGACAACAUUUUCCGCCAAGGGGUUGACUCUUUUGUCGAGGAGGAGCUGUGCCAUGCCAUGCGCGGACAGGCCCCCGAUCUCAAUCCGGGACUGCUGGUCUGGCGCGACCCUUGGGAUCCGACGGGUUGGGAGGUUACGGAAGAGUUUAUCAGGUCUUGGGGUUGGGUCAUCGCAGGCUGUGCUGAUCUGCUGCAUUCGACUAACACUUGGCGUGCGCGACGGGGUGAAAAGCCCUUGUUUCGUUCAUCGUAAUGAAUUGUUAUUUUUUCUGAUUAAAACAAAAACGAUACCC